GGCCGACGGCUUUGCAUUGUGCGUCUCGAGGAGAUAUUAUUUUCCGUUCCGUUUCUCCCGUCAGAAACCUACUGUCCUGCAACAAACUACUCUGCUUUCGGCACCAGCCCAGCCCAGCCCCAGCGGAGGAAAGAGUGCGGAUUGCGGCGCCACCGGCGGACGAAACAAUGGCGCCGGCGAGGGACGAGCACCUGGACGCGAUUCGCGCGCUGAUGGCGGCCCACUCGCCGCCGCUCCACGCGCUGGUCGUCCCCUCCGAGGACGCCCACCAGAGCGAGUACGUGUCGGAGCAGGACAAGCGGCGGGAGUUCAUCUCCGGGUUCACAGGGAGCGCUGGCUUGGCUCUUAUUACCAUGAAAGAAGCAUUUUUGUGGACGGAUGGACGCUACUUCUUGCAGGCGACACAACAACUGAGCAAUCGUUGGAAACUUAUGCGGAUGGGAGAAGACCCACCAGUUGAAGCAUGGAUAGCUGAUAAUCUGGCUGCUGAAGCUGUCAUUGGAAUCAAUCCAUGGUGCAUCUCUGUUGAUUCGGCUCAAAGAUAUGAGCAUGCAUUUUCAAAGAAGCACCAGACUUUGUUUCAGCUUUCUUCUGACUUGGUGGAUGAAGUAUGGAAGGAUCGGCCGCUAGUUGAACCUAGGUCUGUAAUUGUACACCCAGUGGAAUUUGCAGGGCGUAGUGUACCAGAAAAGAUAAAGGAGCUAAGAGAAAAGCUUGUACAUGAAAAGGCUACUGCCAUUAUAAUAACUGCUCUUGAUGAGGUUGCUUGGCUGUACAACAUUCGAGGAGGUGAUGUGGAUUAUAGCCCAGUGGUUCACUCCUAUGCUAUUGUAACAUUACACAGUGCUUUCUUUUAUGUUGAUAAGAGAAAAGUAACUGUCGAGGUUCAGAAGUACAUGUCUGAAAAUGGCAUUGAAAUAAGAGAGUAUGAAACUGUUCAAUCUGAUGCAAGUUUGCUUGCAUCUGGCAAGCUACAAAGUUCUGUGCAUGUGGAAAAGGAUAUGAAUGAGGUGGAGAGUUCAAAAAUUUGGAUUGAUUCUGGCUCUUGUUGCCUUGCACUCUACUCAAAGUUGAGUCCACAUCAAGUUUUGACGCUGCAAUCACCAAUUGCCCUUCCAAAGGCUGUUAAGAACCCCACAGAACUGGAUGGAUUGAGGAAGGCGCAUAUUCGAGAUGGUGCCGCUGUUGUACAAUACCUUUCUUGGCUGGAUAAUCAGAUGCAGGAGAACUAUGGAGCUUCUGGUUACUUCAGUGAGAUAAAAGGGUCACAGAAAAAGGAAAAUUUAGCAACCAAACUUACUGAGGUGUCUGUGAGUGACAAACUUGAAGGCUUCCGUGCAACAAAAGAGAACUUUAAAGGUUUGAGUUUUCCUACAAUUUCAUCUGUGGGACCAAAUGCAGCAAUUAUUCACUAUAAACCUGAAGCAAGCACAUGUUCAGAAAUGGAUGCUGAUAAAAUAUAUCUUUGUGACUCUGGGGCACAGUACUUGGAUGGUACAACAGACAUUACAAGAACUGUACAUUUUGGUAAACCCUCAGAACAUGAGAAGUCAUGCUACACAGCAGUCUUGAAAGGCCACAUCGCAUUAGACAUUGCUGUGUUUCCUAAUGGGACGACAGGGCAUGCUCUUGAUAUUCUUUCACGAGCUCCACUCUGGAGAGAGGGACUUGACUAUCGGCAUGGUACAGGCCAUGGAAUUGGAUCUUAUUUGAAUGUCCAUGAAGGUCCUCAUCUAAUUAGCUUCAGACCUUCUGCUCGAAAUGUACCGUUGCAAGCAUCAAUGACUGUGACAGAUGAGCCUGGUUAUUAUGAAGAUGGGAGCUUUGGUAUAAGACUGGAGAAUGUACUUAUUUGCAAAGAGGCCAAUGCUAAAUUUAAUUUUGGAGAAAAGGGUUAUUUAGCAUUUGAACAUAUAACAUGGGCUCCUUACCAGACCAAACUGAUAGACACAGAGCUUCUGACUCCUGUUGAGAUCGACUGGGUAAACACGUACCACUCAGACUGCCGGAAGAUCUUAGAGCCUCAUCUGAACGAGCAGGAGAAGCAAUGGCUGAUGAAAGCCACUGAGCCCAUAGCUGCAAGCAGCUGAACGCUUUCGUCCAUGUUGCAUGUCGCGAUGGCAGAUCACCACCAGUCCUCUCUCUGUGCUGAUCUUCACAUCAUCAUCUGUGUGGCAUACGCUGUGCGUACAUAGAUUGCCCCCCCCCCCCUCCCCCCCCCCCCCCCCCCCCGGCUGGUUCGUUAGCUUAAAUAAUUGCGGCGAAGGAACAGGAUAGGUUAUUCUCAUAGUUGAUCUUUGCUGCGGAAGUGGAGUUUGGCUGGAAUAAAGAUAACGGCAGAAUGUUUUUUUUAUUAAGCUGAUUUGUACAGUUAUUCUUUAUAUCGAUUUGCACUGAAUGAUUGUAAAGCCCGAUAUCCAAUGGCUUCUUUGAGGCUAAAAUUUUUUAGAAAAGAGUUUUCCCCUGCU